GUGUCUGACAGAGAGAGAAACAGAGAGCCGUGAACUGUACGGCGAACUGUUGGGAACUGACUAACGGAGAAAUUCCUGCCGGGCUGAUCACUUCGCUGUAGACUCUUCCCCUCAUUUUAUGAAAAAGAAAAACAACUUUCGUCGCUCCACAGAGGCAGGUUCUCCUGAGAGCCGAAUCCCACUCAUAUUCUCGCAGGCUGACCGUGUGGCCGCGCAGCCACUUCAGGGUGUUGAUGAUGGCAGUGUGGAUCCAGGCCCAGCAGCUUCAGGGAGAUGCUCUUCACCAGAUGCAGUCACUGUAUGGCCAGCACUUCCCCAUUGAAGUCCGUCAUUAUCUAUCCCAUUGGAUAGAGAGCCAGCUCUGGGAUGCUGUAGAUUUGGAGAAUCCGCAGGAGGAGUUCAAGGCUAAACGCCUCUUGGACAGUCUGAUACAAGAGCUGCAAAACAAGGCUGAGCACCAAGUUGGAGAAGAUGGCUUCCUUCUUAAAAUCAAAUUGGGUCACUAUGCUAACCAACUCAAGAGCACGUAUGACCGCUGUCCUCUGGAGCUGGUUCGGUGUAUCAAACACAUCCUUUACACAGAGCAGAGGCUCAUCAGAGAGGCUACAAAUUCAAGCUCUCCAGUGGGUGGGAUAAUGGACAGCAUGUCUCAGAAGUACCAGCAGAUCAACCAAGCCUUUGAGGAGCUUCGCCUGCUCACACAAGACACUGAGAAUGACCUGCGCAAGCUCCAGCACAACCAGGAGUACUUUAUCAUCCAGUACCAAGAAAGCCUUCGCAUCCAGGCUCAGCUGUCCAGCCUUGCCACUCUGCCCCCUCCUGACCGGCAGCUACGGGAGCCUGCCCUUCUCAGCAAGAGAGCUACUGUGGAGGCAUGGCUGACAAGAGAAGCCAACACACUACAGAAAUACCGACUGGACCUGGCAGAGAAGCACCAGAAAACACUGCAGCUGUUGCGAAAGCAGCAGACAAUCAUUCUGGAUGACGAGUUGAUCCAAUGGAAGAGACGGCAACAGCUGGCAGGCAAUGGGGGCCCACCAGAGGGGGGCUUGGACAUCCUUCAGUCCUGGUGUGAGAAACUCGCUGAGACUAUUUGGCAAAACAGGCAGCAAAUUCGGAGGGCAGAGCACCUUAGGCAACAGCUGCCCAUUCCAGGACCCAUCGAAGAGCUACUCAAUGAACUCAACAGCACUAUCACAGAUAUCAUCUCAGCUUUGGUCACCAGCACCUUCAUCAUUGAGAAACAGCCACCCCAGGUUCUGAAGACCCAAACCAAGUUUGCUGCCACAGUACGCCUCCUAGUGGGAGGGAAAUUGAACGUUCACAUGAACCCUCCACAGGUCAAAGCAACCAUAAUUAGCGAGCAGCAAGCCAAGGCACUGCUGAAAAAUGAAAACACAAGGAAUGAGAGCAGUGGAGAAAUUCUUAACAAUAACUGUGUGAUGGAGUACCACCAGACUACAGGCACUCUCAGCGCUCACUUCAGAAACAUGUCUUUGAAAAGGAUCAAACGGUCGGAUAGACGUGGAGCAGAGUCAGUCACAGAAGAGAAGUUCACCAUCCUGUUUGAGUCUCAGUUUAGUGUUGGAAGCAAUGAACUUGUCUUUCAAGUUAAGACAUUAUCACUUCCUGUUGUGGUGAUAGUUCAUGGUAGUCAAGACAAUAAUGCCACAGCAACUGUAUUAUGGGACAAUGCGUUUGCAGAGGCAGGUCGAGUGCCUUUUCUCGUGCCAGAUAAGGUGCUUUGGCCUCAGCUGUGUGAAGCCAUCAACAUGAAGUACAAGGCGGAGGUGCAGAGCAACAGAGGGCUGUCUGAGGAGAACCUGGUCUUCCUGGCUCAGAAAGCUUUCAGCAGCUCCAGCAACAAUCCUGAUGACUACCGGAGCAUGACGAUGACCUGGUCACAGUUUAACAGGGAAAGCCUUCCAGGAAGGAACUUCACAUUUUGGCAGUGGUUUGAUGGUGUGAUGGAACUUACAAAGAAGCAUCUCAAGCCUCACUGGAAUGACGGAGCAAUUCUGGGCUUUGUGAACAAGCAGCAGGCUCAAGAUAUGCUGAUGUCCAAACCCAAUGGCACCUUUCUUCUGCGCUUCAGUGACUCUGAGAUCGGAGGUAUAACAAUUGCGUGGGUAGCAGAAAAUCCCAACAAAGCAGGUGAGCGGAUGGUUUGGAAUCUGAUGCCCUACACAACUAAAGACUUCUCCAUUCGCUCUCUGGCUGACCGAAUUAGUGAUCUCAAUCACCUCCUGUUCCUCUAUCCUGACAGACCCAAGGAUGAGGUGUUUGCCAAAUAUUACACACCACCCCUCUCUAAAGCGGUGGAUGGUUAUGUGAAACCACAAAUCAGACAAGUAGUGCCUGACUUUGCUACAGCUAAUCCAGACCCAAUCAGUGGAAAUCCAACAUAUAUGGAUCAGAGUGCCUCUCCAGCACCUGUUAAUCACUCUCAAACUUAUGCGAUGUACCCUCCUAUGGCUGACCCCGUGUUGGAUGGAGACGGCGACUUUGACCUCGAUGACACCAUGGACGUGGCAAGGCAUGUGGAGGAGCUUCUGCGAAGGCCUGUGGAGAGUCAGUGGGGUGGCCAGCAGUCUUGAGCCUUGACCUCAUGACAUGCAAUGCAACCAAGCAAGCCCUGCCCUAACUCCUGCCCCACCUGUUGUUAUCAUAGUUUAAUUCCAUUCAUCUCUUUUUUUUUUUCAAUACCGCUAUAAUGUAAAAUUGUUAAUAAUGGCUGUCUGUUUCCUUUUCCUUUCUGCGUAAGAACAUGUAUGUCUGUGAUUUCCUAUAGUUUAUUUGUCUCAUACGUGUUUGUAACAGACAAGAUUAAACCAACCUACAAUGUUACAGUGUUGUGAAAAACAAAGGAAGAAAUAUUGUCCAUGAAAAUUGUGCAUGUAUUUUCAAUUGAUCUUAAAUUCAUUUUGAAAAAUAUGCUACUGUAUGAUGUUAUUUCAGAAGUUGAAUGUUUUGGGUUUUUUUAUUUUAUAUUAUCUGCUUUGUAAAAUUGUUAUUGUUCUGCUGGUGACACUGAUCUUGCCCUUUGACAAAAGAGAAACUUCAAAGAGGAGUUUUGCAUUUGCUCCUAGAAAAAAGAUUAAUUGCUUGUCAGUUAUUCAGAUGUCUAUACACUAACGUAUGGUAGAGUUGCUCUCUCUGCGCUCUGCCCCAGUCUGCACACACAUCAGAACACGGUACUCGCUCACAAGCUUAGGAUUUAUUUGUGUCAGAUUUUUUUUUUUUUUUUCCACCAGCUGCAAAGGAAAGGAGCUCAUGCACCUCCCUUGCUCUCACAGGGCUAUAUGUGUUCUCUUUAUACACACAAAUGCAAAUCUAAGCAUUUACUUAGCGCUGCAAGUUUGUUCUCUCAGGUCCCACUGCUCCCCUCAUCGAUGCUACCUCGCAUUGGUCUCCUGACAGUUGUUCGUAUUGGUUCCUUCACUGUUUCUGCACACCCUGUCUCCAGUAGGUACAGUCGGUGAAUUUUGUGUUUUAGUAGUUUCCUUUAAUGUUUGUGAAGAAGAUCCCGCCUGCAAAGGGGCAAACUUUUGGCUGUUUUAUGCUUGAAGCCACUCUUGUGAAGAUGUCCAGAGUCAUGAAGUGUCUUGCGUCUGAUUGGCUAUGCCUAAAUAUUCUGCAUUUUCUGCAUCCUCAUUCAUUUAUCUUGUGUAACUGCAUCACGACACUGUGGCAUGUGCAUGUCUCUUUGUGAAAACUUGAACAAGCAAGCAGCAAGUGUUGCAAAGCAAAAAAUGAAGGCUUUAAAGGUUUGCAAGACUGAAUGACUGUUGCCAGAUUCAGAACCUGCAGGAUGUCACUUUGCUUCUAUGUUUGACUUCCAUCCUCAGAAUCAGAAUAAUUAUUGUUGUGCAUCCCCCUGUUUGUUUCACAUAGAUCAGAAUUAAGACAGUGUUGCAACCUCAGGAAUAAAUUGUUGCAGAACCAGUGUUUAAGCCAAAAAGAAAACAUUGUAUACAAAAGAUAAUGCAUUUAUUUUAUAUAUCAUAUUGUUUCUGUGGCACUCCACAGUUGAAUGUAACCACUUUUGAUCAGACUAAAGAUUCACAUGCAGUUUGUGGAAAUUUACCAAAAGAACCAGAAGUACUCACUUACAAACCAUAUAGAGCAAUCAAAAAUAAAUAUGUAUUUUUAUUAGCUUCUUGAUCACUAUAUUUAAUGUUUUUCCUGAUUUAAUUCCUCAUUUUUUGAAGAAGAAAUCUCAAGUCACAGGUGACAUUUUGACAGCCCCAUUGUCAUCCUUCUCAUUCUUUUUAAGAUUUCUUUCACUGUAGACCGUUCACGUUUCAGUGAGAUAGAUGGCGCUGUGUUGUUUGAUGUAUAUGUACUAUGUUUGUUGUUUGAGUUUAUCACUUGGAGACUGUUCAAAGAGCCACAGCUGUUGAGUUGAGAAGAAUAAAAUAAAGUUUUAUAAAUAAAUUUGUUUAUAUUUUUUCAAAACCCUUUUUAUCCUUUAAAAAAUAGAAAAUUGAAUAGGAUAUGUCUCGGGUGCAAAAUUGGGACAGUUUGUUACCCCAGCAAUCCAAUUCUCAGUUUAGAGUCACAAAUUGUUCUGUUUGUCUUUUUAUUUUUUAUUUUUUUAGUUGUGCAUGAAGAAAAACUAAACUGACACACUGAAUGGAAGGCCACACAGAAAGGUCCUGAUAUCCAAUUAGGUAUUUCCUUCCUGUAAUGCUGCUCUGUUAACUGUAAAAUCCAAUUAUAUAUUUUUUUACCGGUAAUUUGACAAAUCAUUCGCAAACCAGAAAAACAUCAUGGGUAUAGCUGGUUAUUAGGUCCUUAAAAACUGUAAUCAAAUUAUUAAAAGGGACAUAUUGA